CGGGUCCAAUGCGUCAGUCGGAUUUUGAACGCGACUUAGUACACAUAGUUUGCGAUUUUAGUCGCAUCUUAAUCAGCGGUGUGCCGGUUUCGUGGAUUGCGGUUCGGUUGUCGUUUGGUUUGUUUGUUUAAUUACCGGCAGAACGCUUAAAACGAUUAUUUAUAGCCGCGAAAUGACUGCCAACUUUUAACCAGACGUUUUCCCGCUUUAAUUACAACCGAUAGAGUUCCUAACUGCACAAAACUACACCAGAAUUUAAUUAUAACCCCACAGACACAUCCAUCAAAAGCCGGAAUCCUGCACGGAAUAUUCCAAAAUGGCUCUCUCCUUUUUCUCCCUGGUUACUGGUCUCUAUGUCCUGCACUUCUCCAUAGCGCUGAUCCUCGUGAACAAGGAAGUGCCCCAGACACGCGGAAUGCUCUAUCCCAGGGAAUCAGAGACGCGGGAGGUGCGAUCCCUGGACGGGAUCUGGAACUUUGUGCGGUCCGACCAGGCGAAUCCCACGCAGGGAGUUCGCGAUGAGUGGUACGCCAAGGAGUUGAGCCAGAGCAGGCCGACGAUCCCGAUGCCAGUGCCCGCCUCCUAUAACGACAUAACCACCGAUAACUUGCGGGAUCAUGUGGGCACCGUGUGGUACGACAGGAAGUUCUUUGUGCCCCGCUCCUGGGAGAAGGAUCAGAGGAUCUGGCUGCGGUUCGGCAGUGUUCACUAUGAAGCCUAUGUGUGGAUCAAUGGCCAGAAAGUAGUGAAGCACGAGAUGGGCCACCUGCCCUUCGAGGCGGAGGUGACUGACCUCCUCAAAUACGGAGCUGAAAACCGCAUCACCGUGAUGUGCGAUAAUGCUCUGAUCCAGACAACAGUGCCGCAGGGAAAGAUCACGGAGGUUCCCAACGAUGGAGGGAUGACCAUCGUUCAGAGCUACACCUUUGACUUCUUCAAUUAUGCGGGAAUUCACAGGAGCGUGCAUUUGUACACCACACCCCGCACUUUCAUUGAGGAAGUUGAAGUAAAGACCAAUCUUUCGGGAGAUGCCACAGUUGGUGAGGUUUCCUAUAGCGUGAGCGUGAAUGGAAGUGCUGCCAACGAAGCCGAUAAUGUCCUGCACAUUCAGGCCAACCUGUACGAUAAGGAUGGUGUGUUGGUGGCUAAUGCAACGUCGGAUGGGAAACUCGGUGGCAAGCUGCAGGUGAACCAAGUGAAACCCUGGUGGCCUUACCUCAUGCAUCCCGAUCCCGGUUACUUGUACCAGUUGGAGAUCAAACUGUUGGCCACCAACGACGAGCUGCUAGAUGUCUAUCGCCUCAAAGUGGGAAUACGCACCUUGAGUUGGAACAAAAAGCAGUUCCUGAUCAACGGAAAGCCUGUUUACUUCCGUGGAUUCGGACGCCAUGAAGAUGCUGAUAUCAGGGGCAAAGGAUUGGAUAAUGCUUUGAUGGUUCGAGACUUCAAUUUGCUCAAGUGGAUCGGAGCCAAUUCCUACCGUACUUCGCAUUAUCCCUAUUCCGAGGAAUCGAUGCAGUUUGCGGAUGAGCAUGGUAUCAUGAUCAUCGAUGAAUGUCCCAGUGUGGAUACGGAGAACUUCAGCCAGGAACUUUUGGGCAAGCACAAAUCUUCGCUGGAGCAACUCAUCCAUAGGGAUCGGAAUCAUCCCAGUGUGGUGAUGUGGUCCAUUGCCAAUGAACCUCGAACUGGCAGCAUGAGUGCAGAUUCGUACUUUGAAUUGGUAGCGAAUUUCACUCGAUCUUUGGAUAGUUCCAGACCGAUUACGGCUGCCAUUGCCACUCCGUACACACAAGACAAGGCAGGCCGUUCUCUGGACAUCAUCAGCUUCAAUCGCUAUAAUGCCUGGUAUUCAAAUACAGGACGUCUGGACAUGGUGACUCAAAACGUGGUCGAUGAAGCUGUCGCCUGGAACAAGCAUUACAACAAACCGAUUAUCAUGUCUGAAUAUGGAGCAGAUACUCUGGAGGGUUUGCAUAUGCAACCUGCUUAUGUUUGGUCGGAGGAAUUCCAAACGGAUGUGUUUUCCCGCCACUUUAAGGCCUUUGAUGAGCUCCGCAAAAAGGGCUGGUUUAUCGGCGAAUUCGUUUGGAACUUUGCAGACUUCAAAACAGCUCAAAGUUAUACCCGAGUGGGCGGCAAUAAGAAAGGCGUCUUUACCCGCGCCCGCCAGCCAAAAGCAGCUGCCCAUCUCCUUCGAAAGAGAUACUUCGCCUUGGGAAGGGAAUUGGACCAAUGCAGCUUCCCGGAGGAUCUCUUUACCUACAUCGCUGACCUGAUAUCCUAAUGAAUUGAAAAAUGUUAACACCAACCCAAGUAUUUGGCUUCUGUAAAUAACCUUACUCGCCAGGGAAAAGAUUCUCCUUGGUUGCUGCCACCUAGGAAUUGCAUUUUUACCCGAUUUCCAUUCCGUUGCAUUGCCUUGUACAAUAUAAAAUACUUAGCCUUAACUGAUUGUAUUUUUGUAUGUAUUUGUAAGAGUAAGAUAAUAAAUCAAAGUGCAUUAUUUAUAUUUACCCGAA